GCGGACGUCACACGCUGCACUGUAACCCAAGAAGUGAAAGAGCCGGGGACCCGCAGCCCAACUUCGCACCGUAACAAAGGCGGGGGUCCGUGCGGACCCGGGCGCAGCGGGCUGGCGGGGGCGCAGGGUCGGGGCGGCGCGGCUGGCUCCGGGGCAGAGGCGGCCGAGACCAGGUGCUUGCUGUGAGGGCCUCGUUCUCCGCCUGCUCGUGCACUGCCUCCUCGCGGGCCCCUCCCUCGUUGCUGGGCAGCAGCAGCCUCUCUGAGGAUGGAGAGGUAAGACGUCCCUUUGGGCCUGCGCCACUGACAGCCGCUCCGCCACCACACCCCCCCUCCUCCCCAUGGAUCGCAGCAGAGAGGCCGAGAUGGAGCUGAGGAGAGGGCCCAGCCCGCCCAGGACCAGCCGGAGCCAGGAGGUGGACGGGGACAGGGCCGCCUGCCAUAGCUGCUGCAUCUGUGGCAAGAGCUUCCCCUUCCAGAGCUCGCUGUCGCAGCACAUGCGCAAGCACACGGGGGAGAAGCCCUACAAGUGCCCCUACUGUGACCACAGGGCCUCCCAGAAGGGCAACCUCAAGAUUCACAUCCGCAGUCACCGCACAGGGACUCUGAUUCAGGGACAUGAGCCAGAGGCAGGCGAGACACAGCUGGGCGAGAUGCGCGUGUCCGAGGGCCUGGACGGGUGCGCCAGCCCCACCAGAAGCACCUCAGCCUGCAAUCGGAUGCUGAAUGGGGCCGUGCAGGUGGACAGCAGCAAGAUCCUGCUGCGGAGCAGCCGGAAGGAGGCCGAGGGGACAGCCAGUGCCCCGGAGGAGGCUGAGGCCGUGGCCCAGUGCUCCUUCUGCAAGAGCCAGUUUGAGCGUCAGAAGGACCUGGAGCUGCACGUGCACCAGGCCCACAAGCCCUUCAAGUGCAGGCUGUGCAGCUACGUGACCUCGCGGGAGGAGUCGCUGCUGAGCCACAUCGAGAGGGACCACAUCACCGCGCAGGGCCCCAGUGGCAGCGAGGCCUGCGUGGAGAACGGCAAGCCCGAGCUGAGCCCCGGGGAGUUCCCCUGUGAGGUGUGCGGCCAGGCCUUCAGCCAGACCUGGUUCCUGAAGGCGCACAUGAAGAAGCACCGGGGCUCCUUCGACCACGGCUGCCACAUCUGUGGUCGGAGGUUCAAAGAGCCGUGGUUCCUUAAGAACCACAUGAAGGCUCAUGGCCCCAAGACUGGGAGCAAGAACAGGCCCAAGAGCGAGCUGGACCCCAUUGCCACUAUCAACAACGUGGUCCAGGAGGAGGUCAUUGUCGCCGGCCUGUCCCUCUAUGAAGUCUGCACCAAGUGUGGAAAUCUGUUUACAAACCUGGACAGCUUGAACGCCCAUAACGCCAUACACCGCCAGGUUGAAGCCAGCCGGAUGCGAGCCUUGGCCGAGGAGGGGGCUGCAGAGGGCCCCCCGGACACCAAGCAGUUCUUCCUACAGUGCCUGAAUCUGCGACCAGCCCUGGCUGGUGACAUGUCCCCUAGCGGGCAGGCUGGAAGACGGGUGGCUGAGCUGGACCCCGUCAACAGCUACCAGGCAUGGCAGCUGGCCACCAGGGGCAAGGUGGCUGAGCCAGCAGAGUACCUCAAGUAUGGGGCCUGGGACGUGGCCUUUGACAAGGACAGGCGUGAGUAUAUCCUGGUGAGCCAGGAGAAGCGCAAGCGUGAGCAGGAUGCUCCGGCCACACAAGGCCCCCCCAGGAAGAGGGCCAGCAUGCCUGGCGACCCCGUGCUUUCCAGCCACCUCGACCCCCGGCCAGCGGCACGCCCCAGCCGCCGGGCCACGGCCACUGCUGGCCAAGGCAAGUCCUCGGAGUGCUUUGAGUGUGGCAAGAUCUUCCGAACAUACCACCAGAUGGUGCUGCACUCGCGUGUGCACCGCCGUGCCCGCCGCGACAGGGGAACCGACGGGGACAGGGCGGCACGCGCCCGCUGUGGCUCCCUCAGCGAGGGCGACUCGGCCUCCCAGCCCAGCAGCCCCGGCUCGGCCUGCGCCACUGCCGACUCCCCAGGCUCCGGGCUGGCAGACGAGGCAGCAGAGGACAGCGGGGAAGACGCUGCGCCUGAGUCUGCAGCAGGGGGACAGCCGCGGCGCUGCUGCUCUUCCGAAGAGGUAGCAUCGACUGUGCUCUCCAACGGAGACCAGAGUCACAAACCUGGAAAUAACCCGCCAGAAAAAGCCGCCAGUGAGUGCCAGGCGGGGGUUGCAGCUUCUGUGUCCAUACUUGAAGGCAGUAGCAGAGAGACUUCCAAACGCCCUGAACAACAUAGAUUUUCUAUUGACUUAAAGAUGCCAGCAUUUCACCCCAAGCAGGAGGCGCCCAGCUCUGGCGACGGUGUGGAUUUCCCUUCAGUUAUGGAAGGAACUGACCUGCAGCCUGCACUGGAGAGCCAUGCUGGCCACCCUAAAGAAAAGUUGUCUGAUUUGCACAAUAAAGAGCAUUCUGGGGGAGGAAAAAGGGCGCCCUCUGCAGACCUGAUCCCACUCGAUUUGAGCAUGAGGUCCACCCGGGAUGAACCUGGCAGUAAGGAAGCGGUCCCCUCCCUGCAAGCUGCUUUGGUCACUCACCCAUGUCCUUACUGCAGCCACAAGACCUACUACCCGGAGGUUCUGUGGAUGCAUAAGCGUAUCUGGCACAGGGUCAGCUACAACGCCAUGGCCCCCCAGUGGACGCAGCCCAGUGGCCACAAGAGCAUCAGAAACCACUUGGUCUUCCUGGCCCGGAGCGGACGCACGGGCCCUCCACCCGCUCUUGGGGGCAAGGAGUGCCAGCCCCUGCUCCUUGCUCGUUUCACCCGCACUCAGGUGCCAGGGGGUGCGCCAGGACCCAAAGGCAGCUCUUCUCCCCUGGGGGCCACCAUGAAAGCCGCUAGCAUGCCUAAGAAUAAGGAGAGCCAUUCCGGGAGCCCCUGUGCACUGUGGGCAUCUGGUCCUGACGGGUAUCGGCAGGCCAAGGCAGGCCACAGCCAGGAGCCUCCCAGUGCUGCAGGGCAGGGGCCCCCAGCCAAACCCAGGCCGGAGGCCAGCUCCAAGCCAGCGUCUGUCCUGGGCAGCGGGGGCCUCGGCAGAAGUGCCACCCCCACGCCCUCUGUCAUAACCCGGGUGGGUGCCCAGCCACUGGCCAACAGCAAGCCCGUGGAGAAGUACGGAGCACCCUCGAUGGGGGCUGGCUAUGCCCCUUCAAAUAAGCACAGUGCCCCUGACUCCCUGAAAGCCAAAUUCAGCCCUCAGCCUCAGGGCCCACCUCCUGUGAAAGGUGAAGGGGGCCCUCCACUACCUCCCCGUGAGCCCCCCUCAAAGGCGGCCCAGGAGCCGAGGACUCUGGCCACCGGUGCUGCAGGAUCCAGAGGGGACGCAGCGUUGCAGGCCCAGCCGGGAAUGGCCGGGGCGCCCCCUGUCUCACACUCCACCAAACAGGAGUCCGCAGCCGAGGGCCACGAGAAGCGUUUGGACAUCCUCAACAUCUUUAAGACGUACAUUCCAAAGGACUUUGCUACGCUCUACCAGGGCUGGGGCAUCAGCAGCCCUGGGCCGGAGCACAGAGCAGGGACGCUGCGGACACAGGCUCGCCCGGGAGACUUCGUGUGUGUCGAAUGCGGGAAGAGCUUCCACCAGCCAAGCCACCUCAGGGCCCAUGUGCGGGCACACACAGUGGUGUUUGAGUGUGACGGUCCCCGAGGUUCCGAAGUUCACACUGCCUCCACGGAUGCUCCCAAACAAGGGGGAGACCACGCCCACCCCGGCUCCGCGCAGACCCUGCCGCUCAGGAAGGGAACCUAGGACGCCCGCGCCCCGCGCGCCCCCUGGCGGCCCUCGGCCGUGUCCUCCCAGACGUCCUGGCUGCCGCCCCGCUGCGCCCCUGACCAUCCAAGGAGGAGCCGGAGGCCUCCCGACCAGACACCUCGGCCGGAGCCACCGCACUGCAGCGGAGCCUGGUGGCGAGGCCUCUCCCCGCUGAGGCUUAGGAAGCGAAGACGCCCAGCCCGGAGCCCGUGCAGGCCGCGCCUCUGCCGCCCUCCGGCCACCGCCCGCUGGGCGAGCAGAGGUGCAGCGGGCACAGCGGGCUCCAGCGGGGCUCCAGACGUCCGCGGCCUCCGAGACAAGAUUGAGACACUGGAAAAAAAAGAAACUUGUGUGUUGGACGGAGCAGAGAAGCUAAGCACUGUAGUUGGAGCCCAGAGCUCAGCGGGACUGUCGCGUGGUGUCAGGGCGGAGGUGCAGCCGAGGUCGAGGAAGCGAUACUACUGCCUCUCCGUGUCUUAGUGGGUGUGGACAGUAGAGAACACGGGAAGGAGCUGGCCUUCAGGAGCCGUGGAGCUCGGGUGCGGUGGAGAAGCGGUGAAGGAUCCCCACCGCGCAGAGGUCCGGCCCCUACCUGCCGGCGGAUGCCUGCCUGCGAGCGCGCUCUGCCCACCUUCCUGCAAGUCCAGCGGAGGAAGCACGUCUGUCCGCGGGACGGGUCGCGCUGCUUUGGGAAGGAGAGCUAGUGGGACACGAGGACAAGCAGGCUUCUUUGUUUAACUCAGGACCUUUUUGUAACAGGGCUACAUUCUGCAAACUGCUCACAGAGGAGGGCUGCACGUCUUAACCAGUUACCUAGCCACUGAGUCCUCCCAGUCUGGGCCUGUUGUAGUAAUGGCAGAAGAACCCCUGAGCAGAGGGGGCCCUCAGCACUAGGGUGCCGGGCUCCGCAACCUUCUGCUCCCCACCCCACCUCUCCCCUGCACCACCCCAGCAAGUAGGUGUCUUUCCUCUUGGGCCUGGUGACCUCCACAGGGCGAGGAACGGCUCCCGGCCAGUGGGGGUCACCAGACUGCGGGUGGAGACGCUCUAUAUACCUCUUCCUCGUGGUGCACAGCGAGGGUUGGUGGUGGGUGGUGGGGGUUCGGCCCGCGACAGAGGACCUUAGACCAUGCAGUGUACGCAUCUUAAUCGUAUUUCACAGAUAUAAAUAUUUUCUUUUCCUAUUGCCGUGACACUAUGUGUGAUGGUAAUAUUUCUGAAAGUUUCAGAUUUUUGCACAUAUGAUUUUAUGCAUUAUCAAAAGUUACUGCUGCCUUGAAUGAAGAUGUUCUGUGAAAUUUUUUGCAAAAGCUUUACUAGUUUUUUUUUAAUUGUGAAAUUUUGUAAAGGCAGGAAAUGGAUUAAAAUGAGCAUGCUAAAUAUAUUUUUCAAAAAAAGCAAUAAUUUUACAUGUACAGAAAUUAUCCUAACCUUUAAUACUGGUGAGAGCAACAGUUUACUUAAUACAGUAAUGGAUUAGUGCAGUUUUUGUAGAAAAUGGGCUUCUGAUACAAAGACUUUGUUUAAACACACACACACUCCCAAAGUGUGCUUUCCUGUUCUAAUGAUUUGUUGGAUUAUUAUAUUAUUAUUAUUAUUAUUUUAUUGUUAUUGUUAGUUAAUGUUUGGGUCUGGAUUCUAUUUGUUACUGAGUUUAAAUUACUUGACAGUUGAGGUGGCGGCCACACUUGCAGACAAUGCAACGUAACUGCUAGCUUAUGUAUAUCUAUCUAUAUUAUUUUUUUUACUUAUUUUUUUCCUGAUAAUAUUACACAGAUAUGUAUGGGAAUGAUCUGUCUUGGUGUGCUUAGGAAUGUCCGUGCGCACGUCGCAUGACAUCGUGGGGUGUUCUGGGAAGUUACUUGGAGUGAGGUGCUGAGGUGCCUCCCUCUGUCCACCUAAGAUGUCAGAACACCCUUCUGUUGGUUUAUGUCUGAUCAUUUUGAUAGUUUCCCCAAAGUGAUCAUUUCUGCGUUUUCUUGGCUUUUAUUUUCUUGGCUGAAAGUAAACGGUGACAGGGACGUUUAGGGACUAGCGGUCUGGUCCUGUCUGUUCUCUGUGUUUUAGUUAUUAAAAGACCUUCUGUACCCAAAGUGACACACAGGUGUCGUCUGCAUUCUUCCUGUUUCAGAGCGACCUGGGAAAGCGCAGAUUCACCCCGACCUCCUGCCCAGUUGGUCUGGGGGGGAGAGGGGUGAGCCUUCCCGCUGUGGCAGGGUGGCCUCUGAGUCUGGCUCCUGGGAGAGCAGUGCGAGGACGGCGGGCCCCCACUGUGUCCCCCACCACCUGGAGGGCUGGCUCCUUUCUUCCUCUGAUCAUCAGUAUUGUAUUGGUUUGUGAGUUUGUUGAUGUCAGUUCAACCAUAGUAUUUAAUAUGAUUUAUGAUUUCUUAUUUAUUUAGCCACUGUGUUUUGAUUCACUUCUCUGAAUGAUGGUCUCACACGAUACGCUUCUAAGUCGCCUCUGACUGUUAAACUCUCUACUACCUCUGCUGUCUGCCGUCUCCUUGUGUCCUAACAGAUUUACAGUAUUGGUCUAGUGUGGCUUAGACCACAAAGGGUUCAGCUGUCCACCCAGCUGUUCUGUCCCUGCCCUGACCUGUGUGCUUGCUGCUUCCUGGCUCUGCUCGCCUGACCAGCUUCACCCACCACCUUCUCCCUGUCACCUUCCUCCUCCUCACUCACAUCUCCUCCUCCUCUCUGAAUUCACAUAACACACAAAUGAUGAGCUUCUAAAAAUCCUUCAGGUUAUUCACUCAUAGUCCUUAAUUCAAAGAAUGAACAUUUAAGUCCUCCCCAGUGCAGAUGCUAAUUGUCUUCUCUGGGAAUUGACCACUGUACCUGUCCGCGUUUCUUCCUAGAGAGUCUUGUUGUAAUCUUAGGUGGGUGCAUUUCACCCUUGUCAACUCAAGACAGAUUUUGAAGCCAAGUGGAUUUUUCCUUUUUGGUUCUAAAAAGUAUUAAAUAUUUUAAGAUGUGCCCCCGAUAUUUACUUAUUUAUUUUUUAACCCAAGGGAAACACUGGUUUUUUAAAAGUAAGGUGCUCUAGGAAACGGCAGCUGAGAGCUGCAGGGGUCACUUGGUAGGACGAGGCCCACUGAUGCUGUAACAGGCUUGUUACCCUGCGCCUUCUGCCUGGCCUUGGGGCCGCCUUGCUGGGCGCGGGACCCAGGCAUCUCUGUAAGGCACAUGGAGGUCUCAGGGCCUCACACCUCUCAGGGUGCAGCAGGUGGCAAGCCCAGUUUCUCUGGGGCCUCUUGGGUGGUGAUUCUGGUCAUUUUCUGUUCUUUCAACCAGAAGAGCAAGUGCAGUUGAUGGGGCGAUUGGGGUGUCUGCCAGAUCAAAGGGAGUGGGUGCAGUCCUCGGUCUGUAGGGAGGAGAGCACCCCUGUACUUACAGCCAGAGGCUUCGCCAGCAUCCCUCCAGAUGGAGAGCCCACCCGACCAGCCGAGAGGCUCCCCUAGACAGACAGGAGACUGCUCUCGGGGCUUCCCCCUUUCCGCCCGGACAGUAUCUGAAGGAACGUUUGUGUUUUACUGCUUUUAGCUUUAGUGACUUAUCAUUUGCAGAUAUUUAUUCACUGAGCAAGAAAAACAGAAAUCACAGGUGAGGACUUGUGGCAGUGAUGAGGUCCUUGUUUGCCGAGGUUCACACACACUCCAGAGCCCUGACUCGCCUCCGGGGAGUGACCCACCCAGGGUCACCCAGCAAGGGAAACGUCCAUUCUUCAUCAACUUCCUAACUGUACUUUGAGACAGUAAAAUGCAAAAGACCAUAGAAUUUGUAUUUCUUUUUUUAAAAUACAAUUUAUAACAUUAUAUUUUGUACUCUUUAUAUUAGAAUUUGUAACUAGAUUGAUGUAUUUAACUCUAUUUCUGAAAAAGUAAUUCAGUGUUUCAGUUGUGUGAUAAAAAUAUUUAGAUAAAACAUAUUCAUUCUAUUGGAAUUUGAAAUAAAUAAAGACAUCUUGGAGUUCUUGAGA